GCUUCCAGUUCCAGGAGAUAUGUCCAAUUUUAUUUUGUCAUUUAAUUUUUUUCUAAUCUUUUAUUCUCAAACAUAAGCCUGCGUGCCCCCUAUUUAAAGAAGACUAAAUAAGGUUUGGCUUAAUUAAUAGUACUAAUCGAAGUCAUCUUUAAUGGCUACACAGUACCCUUUGUUCUUUCUAUUGGGAGUUCUUGUUUUCCAUGGAAACUUGCACACCCUUGCAGCCUUUGAAUCUACCUAUAACAUUGCCUCGUUCAACCGGAGCAAUUUUCCAACAGGGUUCAUUUUCGGGACAGCAUCAUCAGCUUACCAGUAUGAAGGUGCAUCAAAGGAAGGGGGUAAAGGACCAAGCAUUUGGGAUACUUUUACUCAUACAAAUCCAGGUAAGAUUAAAGACGGCAGCAAUGGGGAUGUGGCUGUUGAUCAAUAUCACCGCUACAAGGAAGACGUUAAGAUAAUGAAAGAAAUGGGUUUGGAUGCUUACAGAUUCUCAAUCUCAUGGUCCCGGAUUCUGCCAAAUGGAAAGCUGUCCGGAGGUGUAAAUAAAGUAGGAGUGGAAUACUAUAACAAUCUCAUCAAUGAGCUCCUAGCAAACGGUCAGGAUACACCCAUUUUUAUUUUUUUUAUUUUUCUUUUCUUAAACGUCCAUAUUUUAGAAUUUCAUUCCAACUUUUUAUUAACAGAUAUACAACCUUUUGUCACAUUGUUCCAUUGGGAUCUACCUCAAGCCUUAUCAGAUGAAUAUCGUGGUUUUUUGAGUCUUCGCAUUGUGGAUGAUUUUCAGAAUUAUGCAGAAGUUUGUUUCAAAGAAUUUGGAGAUCGGGUGAAACAUUGGAUAACAUUCAAUGAGCCAUGGGCCUUUAGCGCAGGUGGUUAUUCAUUAGGCUUCUUUGCGCCAGGUCGAUGCUCACCUGUCCAAAAUAUGAACUGCAGUGGUGGAGAUUCAGCGACCGAGCCAUAUUUGGUGUCCCAUUAUCAGAUUCUUGCUCAUGCUGCAGCUGUGAACCUGUAUAAAAACAAAUAUCAGGCAAUCCAGAAGGGCGUUAUUGGGAUUACCUUGGUGACUCCAUGGAUGGCGCCAUAUUCCAAUGCAAGGCAUAAUACAAAUGCUGCACAGAGGGCACUUGACUUCUGGUUGGGAUGGUUUAUGGAACCAUUGGCAAAUGGUGACUAUCCACACGUAAUGAAAUCUUAUGUGGGAAACCGGUUGCCCAAGUUCUCGAAAGAGCAAUCAAAAAUGAUAAAAGGGUCUUAUGAUUUCAUCGGAUUAAACUACUAUACUGCUUAUUAUGCACUCUAUGCCCCUCAAUUUAGGAAUGGAAACAAAAGCUUCUUGACUGAUCAUCUAGUUAACAUGACAAGUGAGCGUAAUGGAAUUCCAAUUGGUCCAAAGGAUGCUGCAGGUUUUAUCAAUGUUUAUCCAAGAGGGAUUCGAGAUCUUUUGCUAUACGUAAAGGGGAAGUACAAUGAUCCGCUGAUAUACAUUACAGAAAAUGGGAUCGAUGAGUACAAUAACGCCACAUUGUCGCUGGAGGAAGCCCUGUCUGACAAAAUGAGGAUCGAUUACCACUAUCAACAUUUACAUUUCCUUGACAAAGCAAUUAAAGAGGGAGUUAAUGUGAAGGGAUAUUUUGCAUGGUCAUUGCUGGACAACUUUGAAUGGAACUCCGGUUUCACUGUGCGAUUUGGCAUCAAUUUUGUCGAUUACAAAAAUGGAUUAAAACGAUAUCCAAAACUCUCAGCCCACUGGUUCAAAAACUUUCUCACUUCAACAAAUCAGGGAUAAGUUAUAAUUCUUGCUUUCCUCGAUAUUCAUGACUUGGAGGCUCUAUUCCAUGCAUAAAAGGAAAUAAAACUGGUGUUGACUAUUUAA